AUGAAAUUAAAAACUACUUUACUAUUCUUGAUAAUAGCAGGAUUUUUGCCUUUGAUUUUAGCUGGCUCUUGCCGCUUUUAUACUGACAAAGAUGGUAAUUGCGUAUCAAAGUGCGUGUAUCCUUAAAUAGGAAAUGCUGAUACUAAAACUUGUUUGACUGAUGAUAGUUAUUGUACUUAAUUUUUCAUCUAAACCUACAAUGUAUGUUCAAGCUAGUGUCCAAAAGGAUAUGCUAUAAAAUCUGCAUAAGGAAAAAAAUACUAAUAUUGUAUUCCUUGCUAAUUCUAAGAUGAAAACGGAAAAUGCUAUGAGACUUGUCCAUUUGAUAUGAUUACAGAUUAUACUACUCAAAAAUGCUUGAGUUCCCCUUCUUAGUGUUAAGCUUAUUUUAUUAGGGAUUAAUAAGCUUGCAUAUCUGUAUGUCCUCCUACUUAUAUUGUUGAUAACACUCAAACUCCGAAACUAUGUGUUAAUUGUUAUGCUAGUGGAGCUUGUGCUACAAACAAUGAUGGAAAUUAGAAACCAAGCAAUGAUAAUAAUAAUAACAACAAUGGAAUCGCAGGUGCUAUCAAUAAUACUUCCUGUAAUCUUUAUCUUGCAGCUAAUAUGUAUGAUUGCUUACCUUAAUGUCCUCAAUAAUAGAUUGCUUUACCUUAAGUUUAAGGUUAAUCUUACGUCUAAUGUUAGUUGUGUCCUCCUUCUUUGCCUUAUGUCAGCAAUGAUGGAUCUACUUGUGUUAGUUAAUGCAAUACUGGGGAAGUUUUGUUAAUGUAUAAUUGCAUGUCAUCAGUUUCUCAAUGCAAAUUUAAUGUCUAUACUGAUGAUAAUAAAAACUAAUGGUGUGUUAAAAAUUGUCCUCCUAAUUUGAUCCCUGUUUAAGUUAAAGAUUAACAAUAUAGCAUUUGCUAGUCUUGCCCUGCUGAUAAAUUCUUUGAUCCUUAAUUAAUUUAGUGUGUUGAUACUUGUCCAAUCUAAGAUGCAACUGGAAAAUUCUGCUUACCAAGUAUAAAGAGUUGCAAUGGCUACGUAUCAAUUGAUUAAAAGAAAUGCUUAGCAAACUGCCCUUCAGAUUAGUAUGCUGAAAAUGGAUAAAACUUUAAUUAAUUCUAAUGUGUUGCUGAAUGCUAAAAGGGUCAUUUCAUUUUAACAGAAAAUAAAGAUAAUAUUGUGUAUAAAUAUUGUGUUGAAACUUGUCCCUUUUUUUAAUUUGCUGUAAAUAAUUAAUGUAGUUCAAUAAAUUAAUGCACUAAUUACUUGUCUAUGGAUGGACUAACCUGCCUUACUUCAUGUCCAGCUGGAUAAUUCCCUUAAUUACUACCUACUUAGAAAUUAUUAACAUGCUUGCCCUGUAUGCAAAAGCUUUCUUCAGAUGGUAAAUCUUGUAAUGAUAGCUGUGCUGCUGAUGAGCUAUAUGAUGUUUAACUUAGAUAAUGCUAAAAUUCAUCUUAAUGCACAGGAAUAAAAUAAGAUGGUAUGUGCUUAACUCAAUGUUAACUAGGUUAUGUCCUCUCUAUGGAUAGCGCUAUCAAAACUUGUGUGCCUAUAAGUAGCUGUGCUAGUUAUGUGUCUUCUGAUAGAUAGUCUUGUGUUAAAACCUGCGGAACUAAUGAGGGUAUAAUGCCUUUGAAUAAUUAGUUAUUCUGUGUUAUUUGUCCCUUAGGCUUAGAUACAGAUGGAAUAAGCUGCAAAUCAAAAUGUCCAAGUAGUUAAAUAUUUGAUAUUGCUAGCUUAUCUUGUAAAGAUAUCAAUAAAUGCACCGGUAUAUUGAGUGCUAAUGGAUAAAGAUGUGUUAGUGAGUGCCAAUUUCCUGAAGUAAAACCUUCCCCAUAAGCUACUUAAUGUGCUUACAAGUGUGAAAGUGGUCAACUAUUAUAAGAAAAUGGUGUAUGUAUAGAUCCUACAGUUAACCCUUAUUGUCUAAGCUGUCCUACUGGUUUGACUACUGUCGAUGCCAAAACUUCUGGAGGAAGAUUUAGAAACUUGUAGUCUCAAUCUGGAUAAACAUACUAAUUGACAUACAAUGUUAAUCCUUCUUAAAUUACAAAGACAAUAUGUGUUUCUUAUGAUUCAAAUAACGUUAUGACUGUAAACCCAACAAGCAUAAAUAUUGCUUAAAACCAAAUAACAUGUACUUUUACUAACAAUUCUUCACUUUACUAUGACUCUAACUGCUAAUACAUUAGUAAGAAGUUGUGUUCCUCACAAAAAUCAAGCUUUAAUGAUCAAGUAAGUACUAACAGUAAUCUGUUGAGCAUAUCAUUAGCCUUUGUAAUGAUUUUUGUAAUAUAUAUCUGA